AUGGCUCUCCAGCACGGUGCCGCCCACGCCGCCAGCCUAGGCGACCUCAGUGCGCUGUCGGCUUUCUUUCCACGUGCCGAGCACGAGUCCCUUCCCCAACUCGCUGCAAGGGACAACAGCAGUGCCACCAGCAACGCCCCCACCGUCAACCUCUUCCUCGACGCAUACACCGAUGACUUCUCUUACGCUGCGUCAAUUGUAACAGCAUGUAAAGACCAAACCGUUUACGCUGUGCGAUGCACCGCAGGACCAGCCACGAUCACAGUCGAGGGUUUGGAGCUUGAUCCUAGCUGUGGUCCUAAUGCACCGGCCGUGACUGUCACGGAAGGCCCCUCGACGUUCGCUGCCUCCAGUGUCGUCGCAACGUCCACGGCAGGCCACGACAUUGCCGUAACCAUUGCAGAGAACUGCGUCCUGUCCGGAACGACGGCUGCUGUCUGCACGCCCACCUUCGGCCUGUCGGUAGACAAGACUUCAACCCAGACCUCAGCCACAACCACCAUGUCUGGUAGCGAAUACUACCGCUUCGACGUCCCCAUCACGGCUGGUGCUGAGAAAACAGCUAGCGCGACCAACGCAUGCUCGAACGCGGCCUCGGGCUUGAACACGAGGUCGAUGGCCAUGUGGGCGCUCACUGGAGUUGUUGGUCUUGCAGGGUUCUUGGCCGCUGUAUAA